AGUAACAUGACACAUGUAUAUCACGCUUAUUUGAAUUGUGUCAAAGUAAUGUUUAUAGUGAAAAUCGCGAGCGGAAUGGUGUGAUAACAGUGCAAUAUAUAAAAUUUUGUCGAUUAAACUUAUAGACAGUAUGCGACUUAUAUAUAAAUAACAGUACAAAUAAUAAAUAAUAGUUAUAAGUAAUCUGGAAAGUCAAUUAAAAUGAAUUUAGUAGUUGCUUUAAAAUGUUACAUUACACGAAUGACAGAAGACAGUGGGCCUGGUAUGAAAGUCCUUUUGAUGGAUAAACAAACGACAAGUAUAGUGAGUUUAUUAUACAGCCAGUCGGAGAUAUUCAUGAAGGAAGUUUAUCUGUUCGAAAAGAUCGACGCAAAUAUUCGUAACGAAGGCUUGAAACAUUUGAAAUGUAUAGUUUUCGUGAGGCCAACGAAAGAGAAUAUCGAGUUUCUUUGCGAUGAGUUACGAUGUCCUAAAUAUGGCACAUAUUAUAUUUAUUUCAGUAAUAUUAUCGCAAAAGCUGAUAUCAAGCUUCUAGCUGAAAGCGACGAACAAGAAGUAGUGAAAGAAGUUCACGAAUAUUACGCAGACUAUUUAGCUAUUAGUCCACAUUUAUUUUCACUUGGAAUUAAAGCGUGUUCUCAAGGUUUAUCGUGGAAUCCAGUACAUUUGCAUCGAACCCUUUUAGGCAUAAUUUCCGUCUUAUUAUCGAUUAAGAAAUGCCCCUAUAUACGUUAUCAAAACAGCUCCGAAAUGGCGAAGAGAUUGGCAGAGAAGAUACGCGAGAUAUUGAGCAAGGAGUCGAAUUCGUUCGAGUUUAGACAGGAAUCGAGCCCGGUUCUACUUAUACUCGACAGAAGAGACGAUCCCGUUACUCCUUUGUUAAAUCAAUGGACUUAUCAGGCUAUGGUUCACGAGUUACUAACUAUUAACAACAAUCGUGUAAAUUUGUCACAUGUAAAAGGCAUCUCGAAGGAAUUGAAAGAAGUUGUUCUCAGCGCGGAACACGAUGAGUUUUAUACAAACAAUUUGUACUGCAAUUUCGGUGAAAUUGGACAAACGAUAAAGGAAUUGAUGGACGAAUUUCAAAAGAAGGCUAAAAAUCAUCAGAAGGUGGAAAGUAUAGCUGACAUGAAAAAUUUUGUAGAGACUUAUCCCUUGUUCAAAAAACUCUCUGGCACCGUGGCUAAACACGUGACAGUGGUUGGAGAGCUUUCCUCGUUCGUGGAGAAUCAUAAAUUGUUAAAAGUGUCGGAAUUGGAGCAAGAACUUAGUUGUCAAAAUGACCAUUCUAUGCAGCUUCAAAAAUUAAAAGAGCUGAUCAAUAAUCAUCAAAUUCGAGAAAUUGACUGCGUGAGAUUAGUAAUGUUGUAUGCACUUCAUUAUGAGAAACACACAGCCAACGAUAUCGGUGGUUUAUUGAACUUAUUGAAAAGUAAAGGGAUUUCAGAAAAAUACACCAAGCAUGUGCAUAAUAUAUUACAAUAUAGUGGAAUUAAUACAAGGCAAAAUAAUUUAUUUGAUCGUGAAUCGGUGGCCAAGAUAACUAAAAAGUUGUUCAAAGGUUUAAGUGGAAUAGACAACAUAUAUACUCAACACACACCGUUGUUGUACGAAACGGUCGAAGAUUUAAUAAAGGGAAAGUUAAGUUCGCAGACGUUCCCAUAUCUUGGAAAUACAAUAAUAUCUAAAAGGCCGCAGGAUAUAAUUAUUUUCAUGAUCGGAGGAACAACGUACGAAGAAAGCUUAACCAUCUAUAAUUUGAAUAAACAAAAUUCCGGAGUGAGAGUUAUUUUAGGAGGCACCACUAUCCACAAUUCCCAAAGCUUUUUAGAAGAAAUUAAGCAUGCCACAUCGGGCAUCUUCUCAAAAUAUAAAAAUAAUAAUAAUUAA